AUGGGACCACUUGGAAGUCGGAACGUGGAAACUAAUGAUAAAGUUGAAUGCUUUUAUCCACGAUUCCUGAUGUUGCUGUUAAAUGAUAAGAUGACUGAAGCCGACAAGAACUUCUACUUCAAUGCUGAGAGACUCAAUGUCAAACAGACCAGUCUCAAGUUGAUCAACAAACUGGCCAAAGGCAAUAAGUACAACGGGGUUCCACUUAUUGUUACUCCUUUCCUGUCGGAAAGCUUUAAUGCUCAACAUGUUCCCUACCAAGUGCAAGUUGCUCAACCACAACAACAUCAACAACAACAACAGCAAGAUCAGCAACUUCAACUUCAACUCCAACAACCACCUCAACCUCAAGUUCAACAACAACAAUCACCAGAUCAAUCCCCUGACCAAUCACCAGUUCAAUCACCAAUCCCCCAACGACAGUUUCCAUCAUAUGAAGAUGAGCCUCUACCUUUUGACUUCUUCGAAGCUCAACCAUCUUCAUCUGCACCCACACAACCUACUGCUCAACCACAAUACUCUCCACAAACACAAUCAACCUCACAACCACUACCAUCAGAUUCAGCUAUCCAUCCUGAUCUUCAGGAAUUCAGAGAUAACUUACAGGUAGCUCAGGUACUUACUGACUUCUCAUCUAACUUUAAUGUUGAUAUAUCUGAUUAUGGUUGUAACUUUGACUUGUUUUGCCAGCCUGCCAGCAGUGAACCUGACAACACACAGGUUCAUAACCCUGCUGAUGAUUCAUUUCUACAAACUGUCUCUUCUCCAAACACUUCAACCAACACUACUUCAAAACCUGUUAAGAAGGUUGCCAGAAAGAGGAGUUUGAGUAGUUUAAUGGAUCAACCCGCAGCUCUGUCUUCUCAAAAGAAACAAAGAAUUGCUAAGUUACAAGCUGAACUUGCCCGGAGGAUUGCGGAGAAUGAGAAAUUGAAAGGUGCACAACUGGUCACCUUAGAGAAGAAAGUAGAGGAGGAGCCAUCCAGUUCUUACAGGGAUGAGCUCAAAGCUGAUAUUCAUUGUUUGACUGUCGAAAUGAGAUCCAAUCAUGAGCUCUACAUGUCUAAAUUUGUUGAGAUCGACAGCAAACUGGAUCAACUUCUCAGGAACUCCAAUUGCUGUCAGGAACUUGCUAGAUGA